AAUCUCGACCAAUGGGAAAUUGAGGAAUUUGCCUUCAGAUGCGCUAUAAAACUUGUGGCCCCUCACAACGUUUCACAAUAUUUUCUCCUGGAUUCAGGACUACACGUGUUUUCAUCAUGAGGGUGUUAUUGGCUGCUUUUACCUUGUGCCUCAGUGCUGUAUUUGCUGCUCCAACUUUGGACCAGCAAUUAAAUGACCAUUGGGAUCAGUGGAAGAGCUGGCACGGCAAAAAAUACUAUGCAAAAGAGGAGGGUUGGAGGAGGAUAAUCUGGGAGAAAAACUUGAAAAAGAUUGAAAUGCACAAUCUGGAGCACUCCAUGGGCAUACACACCUACAGACUCGGAAUGAACCACUUUGGAGACAUGACUCAUGAGGAGUUCAGACAGGUGAUGAACGGCUUCAAACACAAGAAAGAGAGACGAUUCAGAGGAUCCCUGUUCAUGGAGCCCAACUUCAUUGAGGUCCCAAACAAGCUGGACUGGAGAGAGAAGGGAUAUGUAACACCUGUGAAGGAUCAGGGCGAGUGUGGUUCUUGCUGGGCCUUCAGCACAACUGGAGCUCUGGAGGGUCAGAUGUUCAGGAAGACUGGAAAAUUGGUGUCUCUGAGCGAGCAGAACCUGGUGGACUGCUCCCGCCCUGAAGGCAACGAGGGCUGCAACGGAGGUCUCAUGGACCAGGCCUUCCAGUACGUCAAGGACCAGAACGGUCUCGACUCUGAGGAAUCCUACCCUUACCUGGGAACUGACGAUCAGCCCUGCCAUUUUGAUCCCCAAAACAGUGCAGCAAAUGACACCGGAUUUGUUGACAUUCCCAGUGGAAAGGAACAUGCUCUGAUGAAAGCUAUAGCUGCUGUGGGACCUGUGUCUGUGGCUAUUGAUGCUGGACAUGAGUCUUUCCAGUUCUACCAGUCAGGCAUCUACUAUGAGAAGGAGUGCAGCAGUGAGGAGCUGGAUCAUGGUGUUCUUGCGGUCGGUUAUGGUUUUGAGGGUGAGGAUGUUGAUGGCAAGAAAUACUGGAUUGUCAAAAACAGCUGGAGUGAGAACUGGGGCAAUAAAGGAUACAUCUACAUGGCCAAGGACAGACACAAUCACUGUGGUAUUGCUACAGCAGCCAGCUACCCUCUUGUUUAAUGAAGUCCAGUAACCAGAUAUAAUAUCAGAAGGCCACAUUAGUGUCUCGGGUGCCUGAGAGGAUCACCGAAACCCACUAGUGUAGUGAAAGUGUCAGACACCCGAUGAUCACCUGAUUACACUGGUGAUUUUGUGUUUGUUUCUCACAGUCUGAACGAGGCUGUGACACAGAGUCCUCGAGCUCUAGGUACUGUGUGACCGUUUUAGGGAAUUUAUGCAAUUGCUUUUGGUCAUUUUUAAAAGCCACUGAUUUAGUUGAUUUUUCUUUGCCUCAAUGUAAAUACAUGUUCUUCAGUGCAAAUGUACAAAAUGUUUUUUAUGUCUACUUUCUUUAUGACCAAUAAAAGUUUUAAACCUGAA